UGGGCGUUAUCAGCAGUGACAUCACUAACCUGACCAGUGAGUUCGAGGAAGUACUUUAAUAGAGAUGCACACCUACUCGUAUCUUUUUGUGAGAAAGUCUUGACACUUAAUCUCCAUCCUUUCGCCUCUUCAGUUGUGAAUGAACAAGUCUGUCAGUCGUCUCUAGUCUCGCACUCAGGAUUUCGCAAUAAACAGGAUGACUUCUCAACAGCCCCGGCCCUUUGUCAUGUCACACACCUCCAACCAGUGGAGCUCUGGAAUCUGUGACUGCUGCCAGAACGUACCCGAGUGUUGUUUCUCAUUUUGGUGCUUUCCUUGUUUUGCCUGUUCGACGGCUCGCAAGCAUGGCGAGUGUCUGUGUCUGCCUCUGCUCGAUGGAUUUGGAUGCAUUCCUCCAAUAACAAUGGCCAUGCGGGUAUCUGUGCGCACUCGCUAUGGAAUCCAGGGUACUAUCUGUAAUGACUGUCUUUACUCCACUUUCUGUGGCGUCUGCGCCUGGUGUCAGAUGUCUCGAGAAAUGAAUGACCGUGAGCAAAACAUCACACUCAUCAACAAUCGAGCAAAAUGAAUGCCCUGAGCAACAACUUCCUCAUUAUUUUCAGUAUUCUGCACUAGUAACAAAUGAAAUGACCAUCAUUCUUCUCAGGCCUCGUUUACACUAGUGCGUUUUUGUUUUAAAACGCUUACGUUUUGCUACGGUUACGCCUGUCGUUUACACUAUGCACUAUACUAUGACUUUCGAAAAUGCUGUAGACCCCAUUUUAGUUUGAAAACGGAUCAAAACGGAGACUUUUGAAGUUGGCGUGGCUGUCCAUGUUCGCUCUGCGUAUUCUUGACCACUGUGUAAAUAAUAACAUGGAGACUGAACUGCAAUCUUUGCUGGCUUUGUUGUCAUUUUUAGCAGCCAUUGUGCAGUUAAACUGCUUUUUUUAAUACUGAGGCAACUGUUUACACUUGAACGCGCAAGCCCAGUGUGCAUUAAUGGUCAUGUGACAUGCGUUUUUCGUCGUUUCUGAAACAUUGUGGAAAUGCCAGUGUAGACGAGGAUCGUUUGUGUUUUAAAAUGGCGUUUUAAAACGAAAACACACUAGUGUAAAUGGGGCCUCAGUGACAUUAGAUCUGCAUCAUUGUACUUGUUUCAUUAAUACACUUAAGGCAAAACCAAAGUUUUUAGGUCAAUUUUUAGAUUUAGUCCUAUUUUGUGGAAUAUACUACUGGAAGGAAAAUAAGUGUUUAUUUUAUGGCAUUUUAUCAAUUUGCAUGUGUAAAUUUAAUUUACAAUACUUAUCUUUAAAGGCUGUUUUCUCCAAAUGAUUUUAUUCUCAUAUAGUCAGAAUCUCCAUUUAAGCAGUUUUGUUCCUUUUUAUAUUCUGAAGGUCUUUAUAGAAGUUUUAUUCAUAUAACAUUCACCUGAUUUAUAUAGCAUUUUAUUCCUUGAAAAUGUUUUUUUUUUUAUGGUUUAAUUAUUUUUUCUGGCUGUUCACAUUUUCUGAUUUAUGAAUUGAUGAAAAGAGAAAUCACUUUGUAAAAAACUUUAACUUCUAAUGUGUCAAGAAAAUGUUCAGAAUUGUAAGCAAAUGAAUGAAUAUUUAAUUAGAUAAUGCUACAUUUGUGUAUUUAAAGAAAAAAAAACUGAAAACUUAUACGUAAUAUAAAACUAUUGUUUUAAUGCACUGUGAUUAAUCAGCUGGUGAAAGUAUGAUGAUAUUAGUUUAUUGCCUUAAUAAAAACAGUUUGAUGGUC